AUUGAAUUAUUUUUUUAUACAUUUUUGUGUUUUUAUAUUAUUAAUUCGACGUGUAAAUGUUGACCGGUAGAAACCAUCGCCGCCGUUUCCCCAAAUCCCACCAAUAUUCAUUUUCCCGCAAAUUAUUGCUAGCACGUUGUCCUCCUCUACCUCCUUUGCCUGCCCCCGUUGGUGCCACCAGCACGCUGGAACAACUACAGCAGCAACAACAACAACAUGGAUACCAUCUGUAGGCUCUGCUUUCAAACAGCAACGUUAUUCCAAGUGCCCGGCUAUAAUAUACCCACGUGCGUUCGCUGCUCGGAACAGUUGACAAACAAUUCAAAUUUCCAUCAAACGGCUGCAGUGGCAGCCGCAGCACAAGCAGCAGCAGCCUCAUCGAAUCCAACGGCAGCCGCAGCAGCAGCGGCGGCAGCGGCAGCGGCAGCAGCUUCAUCCAGUGAGAAUAAUAACAGCGAAGCCAUCACAGUGGCACAGCUGACUAACGGUAGUAGUGCUGCUGCUGUUGUCCUGCAAUUGCAGCAGCAACAUCAUCAACAGCAGCAGCAGCAGCAACAACAACAGCAGCAGCAACAACAACAACAAUUGCAAUCAUCGAGUUCUUCCGAGAAUCUACAAUCGCAGGACGAUUCUGAAGAUGUGGAUCUGAUAUUCAACGAGGAGGGCUCUUGCCCACUGUGCAACAAAACCUUUUCACGCAAAUCCUCGCUCAUGACGCACAUACGGAAUCAUUCGGCGGAGCGUAAAUUUGUGUGCACUUAUUGCCACAAAGGCUUCACACAAGCGGCCAAUUUACGCAAUCACGAACGCAUCCAUACCAAUGAUCGACCGUAUCAAUGUGUGGAUUGUGGCAAAACCUUUACACAAAUCACAAAUCUAAACAAUCAUCGACGUCUUCAUACCGGCGAACGUCCAUUUGUAUGCAAUGAACCUGAAUGUGGACGAAGUUUUGCUCAGGUUACCAACCUCAACAAUCAUAUGAAAUCGCACCACAAGGUCCAACAAUAUUGCUGCAAUGUGUGUAGCAAAAAAUUCACCCAGGUCACCUCGCUGAAUCAGCAUUUGCAGGCACAUGCCGGUGUUACCGGCUACUAUUGUCCGCGAUGUCCCGAAAAGAAUUUCAAAUUGCAAUCCCAAUUGCAUACGCACAUGAAAACGCAUGGUUUGGCCUUCCCCUACGAGUGCAGUAAAUGCGAUGAGAAAUUUUUGCAGCAGGCGCAUUUGGAUCAGCAUCUUAAGAUGCAUGAUGAAUUCAAAUUUAAAUGCGAUAUAUGCCCCAGCAGCUUUAAUCAGGAAUCGUUGCUCAAGAAGCAUGUACAACGGCAUGUGGAAGGACGUUAUCUAAAUUGUCCUGUGGCAAAUUGUGCCGAAUCGUUUGCGGUGCGUCAACAUUUGUCAAAGCAUUUGCUAACCAAUCAUUCGCAUCAUGAGCUACCGCCACCGAAACGUUCAAAAAAGACAACACUGCAGGCACCUCAACAGCCAUUGGCCAUGAUUGGUCAACCCUUAUCACUGCAGCAUACAGGGACGGGGCAACGUGGUCGACCGCCAAAAAAUAAGAAUAAAACAGCAUUGUCCGCCACGGCCAUUAAGAUUGAGAUCAAUGAGCCGCUCCAUAGCCAGCAUAUCAUAAGUAGUGCCAGUGGUUUAUCCAUUCAACAGCAAAUCAAUCAGCAUAUGCAACAGCAGGCGGCUGCCCAACAGCAGCAGCAACAGCAGCAGCAGCAGCAGCAACAACAACAGCAUCAGCAGCAUCAGUUACAUCUGCCCAUGGGUCAGCCGGUCAAGUCGCGUUUUAUACCCACAAAAUAAAAAAGCGAAAGUCUUAGAAAUUAAUAAAAAAAACAAAAUUAUACUAUAAUAGUUAGGAACAGGCAACCGUAAUGUAACACUUACACAUUAGUCGGUUAGGGUCCUUGCAGUUAAGAAGAAGAAGAUGAGAAAAGUCGCCAUUGUUUUGGACUCUCUCCGAACCGAAAAUCGAUAUUUGUUGGGGCGUUACGGUAGCCUAAUUAGGAAGCAUUGUGAAGUCUUUUUCUAGGCAUCUUAUCAUUGAUCAUUUAACAUUAAAAUCGUUCGAUCGUUUGUUCGUUUUAUCCCUGGAUCGAUCGAACGAUCGUUCGGUCAGCCGGUCGUCUGUUGUCGGCGAUUGUCGAUUUUCUUUUGCAUGAAAAUUUUUCCAUCCGAACAAAUAGAAAAAAAAGCAGAAAAAAAAAAAUUAAUUACAAAAUAGAAUGGAACUAAAUACCGAUAAUACAUAUUCUCACUAUAUAGAGCAAUAGCCCAUAGAUUUUUUCACUCUCUCCUUCUCAAUCGAAAAACAAAUACAUCACACACACAUCCUUUGAGCACACCACACACACACACACACACACAAAAAACACACGAGUCACUUGAUAUAAAGAUAACCGAUCGGAGGCGCCCAUUUGGCGGCAGGGCAUUGACUGAACUGCUGGUUCGGUUUGGUGUCUGUGUCUCUUCACCUCCUUUUGGCCCGCCGCCGGCCGCGCUUAACCAAAAACCAAUCAACCAACCAACCAACAACAAGCACACACAGCACCAGACAGACAUUAUAACAUGUUGUGUAUAUCUAUAUAUAUAUAAACAUUUAUAUAUACAACACCAACAACAACAACAAAACUGUAACUUAAAUCGAAUUAACAUUUAAUUGUAACUGAAAAGCAAAUCAAGAAAUAAGAAACAAAAACAAAAAACGAAUCACACACACAACAAAACAAAACUCUUUUAAGCAAAAGUAAUUUGAGUAAAUAUGAAAACAUAAACAAACAUCAACAGAAACAACAGAGAAAACCCAACAAUUACAAUUUAAAUUAGGCAUAAAAUUCAUUAAAUUUGGUAUGUAUAUUU